CGUGAAUAUCAGUUUUCAAAAAAAAAAAAUACAAGAUGUUUCGGAAAUGGUUUGCUAGUAAAGAAUCUGAUGAUAGUUCCAAUGAUAGCUUUGAGACUCUUGAAAAGAUGUGCAACAAAUCGGCAUCUGAUCCAGACAGCACCCUGCACAAAUAUUUAUAUGGUAAGACAAAAGAUGGGGAUGAGCGAGAUAACGUAAACAAAACUAGUGAAUAUAAUUUGGACUUGAAUAUAAAUGAUGAACAUACAGAUCAAACAAGAGAAGAUUUUAAGAAUAUAUUUUGCGGUGACUUGACACAACUAGAUGAUAUUGAGCCUCCAACACGAUUGUGGGAGAACAGCUGUAUGGAUACAAUUGACUCAGAGAAAUCACUAGUCAAACUGGUUUGCUCAAUACGUUCUUCUACAUUUAUUGAAGAAGGUGAGGAGUCUGAAGUAUCCUGCACAAGUUAUUACACUGCAAACGAAGAUUCCAGUGAUGAAAUGAGUACCAAUUUCUAUACCACAGUAUAUGAUAAUUGUCAGUCUUAUAAUUAUAACUUAACAAAUGUGAAGAAACACGAAUUUGCUGGAGUGGAUGGCGCAGACACCCAUUUAAACAAGAAUGAGUUGAUGAAUGUAUCAUCAGGCAAUAAAAAGGCAGAUGCAUUUUGUUGUGAUGCGGAAGAUAAAAAUAUUUUUGAUUUUAAUUUUAAGUUUGAUGAUUCUAUUAUUGAUUUAGCUUCCACGGAGAAAGAUACAUAUGAUCAGGAUGAAAUAGAUGAAAUUAUUAAGUCCGCGAUUUCUUUAAAUGCUAUAAAAUGUGAGUCAGAGCCAAAUGAAAAUUCUCAAAUUGGUGUUGGAGAUGUUAUGCUGUCCUUAAGUUUUGAUAAUACUUUGGAAGAAGUUGAUUACCUAAUUAAUCAGUACUUAGCUGAAACAAAUACAGGAAUUGUUGACAAACCAAUUAAAAAGAAAGGAGCAGAUGAAAAACAGAAUUCUAAAACUGUUUAUGGAGUCCAUAAAACAAAAGCUAAAACAUUUAAAAAGAAGUCAGUGUUAACAAAAGAAUAUCAUAAACGAGCUGAAAAUAAGGAGAAUCAUUCUGCUAUAAAUAAAAAUAAGCCCAAACUUGAUUUAUUUAAAAAUACCAAACCAUUAGUAAGGAAAACUAACAAUGAGUUUAAGGACAUUGUAAGCCCAAUUGGAGCAUAUAUUCACAAAACCACAAACGCUCCACUUAUGAUAAAUUUCAAACCUAUCAACACAACAUCCAACAUUAACGAAGCAGCCGUUUUUAAAAAUUUGGAUUUCAAGUCAAAUUGUAUUGGCAAAAUGACGACUUAUGAUGAGAGUGACCUUAUACCGAAUACCUCAACAAAAUUACCGAAAAAGGCUUAUAUAUCUUCUGAUUGUAAAAAUUUUUAUGAUGAACGACGACCAGUCAAAAUUCCAGGUGGGCAAAAGAUUCAUAAAUUCCUAGAUUCCGCUACCUUGCCAGCUGUUGUACGGCAUGAGGGUAAAGCUAAAAUUCCACCUGGUAUGCUGGGUGUAUUUGCAAAAGAGUCAAAGAAAGAAGUUUCAGAACAACAUGAUUCUACCUUAUUUGGUUUUGAUGUUCAAGCAGGUGAAAUAUCUAUUUACACAAUCAGAGAUGCUCAACAAUUUAAAUAAUCAACUUUUAUAAUUUCAAUAAU